CUAGUAAAGAAGUUUUUGUAGCUUCAGACUUCAGAUGGAUUUGUUGACACCAAGUGCAGCAAAUUCAUCACCAAUAACCCCAGUAAGGUUCUUAGAGAGAGCAGCAACAGUAUACGGUGAUUAUACAUCAAUCAUCUACAACAAAACAACUUACACAUGGAAUCAAACUAAUCGUAGAUGUCUUCAACUUGCAUCAGCUUUGAAAUCAAUCAUCGGUAUUAAACGUGGAGAUAUUAUCUCAGUUUUAUCUCCAAAUAUACCGGCUAUGUAUGAACUUCAUUUCGCAGUACCAAUGAGUGGUGCCAUAUUAAACACCAUCAACACGCGUCUUGACGCACGUACUAUUUUUAUACUCCUAUGUCAUAGUGAAGCAAAACUCAUCUUUGUCGAAUGUCACUCCCACUCUGUAGUUCUUGAAGCAUUUUCUCUUUUGCCACCGGAAACUCACCCCCCUAUGCUCAUUUUGAUCAAUGAUAAUGGGGAUGUCAUUGAAAACUCAUCAUUUACUGUUGAUUCUAAUCUCGAAUUUACCUACGAGAGUUUGUUAACGAGAGGUGAUCCUGAUUUUCAGUGGGAACGACCUCGGAGCGAGUGGGAUCCAAUGGUGUUGAACUAUACUUCAGGCACAACGGCAUGUCCCAAAGGGGUAGUCCAUUCUCACCGAGGCCUUUUCAUCGCGGCAGUUGAUUCUUUGGUUGAUUGGUCCGUACCAAAACAACCUAUCUUUCUGUGGACCUUGCCAAUGUUUCAUGCAAACGGAUGGUGCUUCCCUUGGGGCAUGGCAGCAGUUGGUGCGACCAACAUAUGUCUACACAAAUUUGAUGCUGCGUCACUUUAUGAUUUGAUCCGUCAACACAGAGUGACCCAUAUGUGUGCGGCACCAGUUGUGCUAAAUAUGUUAGCGAAUCAGCCUGGUAUAGAACCACUGACCAACCGCAUUCACAUUUUAACAGCUGGAGCGCCACCCCCAGCACCAGUGCUUCUUCGAACAGAAUCAUUGGGGUUUGUGGUGAGCCAUGGUUACGGGUUAACCGAAACUGCAGCAAUCGUCGUGUCUUGUCCAUGGAAACAUGAGUGGAACAAAUUACCAGCAACAGAAAGGGCUAGGUUGAAAGCAAGACAAGGAGUGAAAACACUUGGAAUGACUGAAGUUGAUGUGUUGGAUCCGGAAUCGGGUGCAAGUGUAAAACGAGACGGAUUGUCCUUAGGUGAGAUUGUUUUACGAGGUGGUUCGGUUUUUUUGGGGUAUUUUAAAGAUGCGAUAGGUACGAGUAAAUGUUUGAAAGAUGAUGGAUGGUUUUACACAGGGGAUGUGGGUGUUCUACACCCUGAUGGAUACUUAGAGAUUAAAGAUAGGUCAAAAGAUAUGAUUAUAAGUGGUGGGGAGAAUAUAAGCAGCGUCGAAGUUGAGUCUGUAUUGUAUUCGCACCCGGCCAUUGAUGAAGCCGCUGUGGUUGCUCGUCCAGAUGAAUAUUGGGGUGAAACGCCUUGUGCAUUUGUGAGUUUGAAACCGGAGAAGAGCCAGCCGUCACAAAAGGACAUUAUAGAGUUUUGCAGGGCGAAAAUGCCUCACUAUAUGGUACCUAAAACUGUUGUUUUUGAAGAGUCUCUUCCUAAAACUGCUACUGGUAAGAUUCAGAAAUUUGUGCUUCGCGAAAAAGCUAAAGCUGUGGGUGCAGCUCGCCGUAUUUAAAUGUUUUUGAGGAAUUGACUGAGAUGAGUUCAUGCAAAAUGCUUGCAUUUACAUGCAUUAUUAUCAGAUUAUGUCAUCAUUUAAAUGUACCAUGCAUGUUCAUAGAACUACUGCAACCACCCUUCGGAAACUAAGCGGCUAUUUUUCUCUGCAUACUCUUGUAUCUCCUUGAUCAGUGGACUCAUAUUAGCUUGUAAAGCAACAACAUUCUCUUCUGCCUCCUUCAACGCUUUCUUUGCUGCAGCCAACUUUGUAUUCUCUACCUGUAAUAAAUCAACCUGCUCUAUAAAUUCAGCGUCAAGCUUUUU